AUGGGAGGGCGCGGCCGGGCCAGCAGGCUGCGGUGCCAUAUAGUAUUGCGGCGGGGCCGGGAGUCACGUUGGGGGGAGCCGCGGAGAGGAGCCCGUUUACACUACUUUGCUAUAGCAGCUCUCGUUAAUGGUUAUUGCGUGGCCGGGAGGAAACCUGAUCGGCUAGAGCCGGCCGAGAGCAGGAGGAGGAGGAGUGGACUUUCCGGAGAGAUAGAAGAGGGGGGAGAGGAGAAGGGGACACCGAGAGAGGGGAGAGAAAAAAAAAAAAAAAAAAAAAAAAAGAAAACAAACCAAGUCAUGUCUUCUGCCUCCCCCGCGGACGAGAUCACGAUCAAGCAGGAAAAUGUGAUGGAAAUCCUCUCCGACGCCGGCAAGGUGCCCCCGGACGGAGCGGCCGCGCUGAGCCCCGCGCCGCCGCCCCCCCCCGCCGCCGCCCCGUUCCCCAUGGAGCACGGAGCCGCCGCCGGGGAGGAGGGCAGCGCCGAGCCCGUCCUGCUCCACACGGAACUUUUGGCCCGGAACCACCACGCCGCCGCCGCCUCUCCCUCCUCCUCCUCCUCCUCGUCCUCUUCGUCGUCCUCCUCGCAGCCCCCCCUGGCUUUCUCCCCGGAUCACGUCGCGUGUGUGUGCGAGGCGCUGCAGCAGGGGGGCAACCUGGACCGCCUGGCCCGAUUCCUGUGGUCUUUGCCCCCGAGCGAUCUGCUACGUGGCAACGAGAGCCUGAUGAAAGCCCGGGCGCUAGUGGCUUUCCACCAGGGCAUCUACGCCGAGCUCUACAGCAUCCUGGAGAGCCACAACUUCGACUCAUCCAACCACCCGCUGCUGCAGGAGCUGUGGUACAAAGCUCGCUACACCGAGGCGGAGCGAGCCCGGGGCAAACCCCUGGGGGCGGUGGACAAGUACCGGCUGCGGAGGAAAUACCCCCUGCCCCGCACCAUCUGGGACGGCGAGGAGACGGUGUACUGCUUCAAGGAGAAGUCCCGCAACGCCCUCAAGGAGCUCUACAAGCAGAACCGCUACCCCUCGCCGGCCGAGAAGCGCAACUUGGCCAAGAUCACCGGGCUGUCCCUCACGCAGGUCAGCAACUGGUUCAAGAACCGCCGCCAGCGGGACCGCAACCCGUCCGAGACGCAGUCCAAAAGGUGAGCGCUCGCUCCGCUCCCCGCCCCCUCUCCCGCCGCCGUCUCUCCCUCUCCCGGCCCUUUCUUCCCUUGCAAACAUGGCGCUUACCUUCGGCCUCCCUCCUUCCCCCUCCCCACUCCCUCGCUCCCAGCGCACCCCCCCGGGCGCAACUUUUCCGGCCGUCUCUGUGCGUGCGUGAGGCGGGGGAUGUGCGUGUGUGUGUGUGUGUGUGUAUGGUGCGUGCGGGGCGGGGGGGGCA